AUUCAGUAUGGCAUGUGUGCAGCAGUGGGGAGCACACGCGCACCUCGCAGCGUUUUACGUGUUCGCGCGCUACUUGGACCUGGCUAAGCGAAUUGCCAAUAUCCAGUAUAUUUUCGUGCGAAAAGACUUGAUGCCGGGCAUGAAUUUGUCCUUGCUGGGCUAUGUGAUGUCGCUGCGACUUCUCGCUACAGCCGUGGUUGAGCUCAAGCGCGUGCGGGGCCACUUCAAGCUGGAGCAGAAGCAGCGCCAACAAGAGGCCAGGGCACCAGCAGGCAGUUCUGAGAAGCCAUUUCCUCACUCGGACAGAGUACCCACGUCUCUUUCAUUUGUGAGUACGAGCACUGGAUCCUCGCCGGAAUCGGAACGUACGAGUGGUGGAGGUCGCCGGCAAUCCCGUCGUAAAUGCGCGCUUUGUCUGGGUGAGCGAGUAUCCCCCGCUGCCACCCCUUGUGGUCAUGUUUUCUGCUGGGAGUGCAUCGUGGGUUGGUGCCAGAAGAACAAAGCUGAGUGCCCGCUUUGCCGCCAAGAGACUCACCCUCAGCAGAUUAAGUGUGUUUAUAACUACGUUUGAUCUACACGGUGGUGCCCUUGAAUAAAAACACAUCAAUGCAGUAUCG